UCUGUGUUGUUUCAUUUUUCUUGAACCUUCGAGUUUCUUCUUCCUUUUCACCCUUUAAAUACUCCAAUUCAUCAUCUCCAUCAUCAUACAAAACAUUGAAAAUUAUUUCAUCAAAGCAGAUAAAAAAAUUCAGAGGAAGUUUGCGCAAAUGGAUUUGAGAUUGGUAGGUUUGGAUGCUCCGGUAUUGCAUGCUCUGCACCAAAUGAUGGACCUUUCAGACGAAAACUCUUCCGACAAGUCAUCACACAAUGCUCCUACAAGAUCCUAUGUGAGAGACGCCAAGACGAUGGCUGCAACUCCGGCAGACGUGAAGGAAUAUCCGAAUUCAUACGCGUUCGUGAUCGAUAUGCCAGGGUUGAAAUCUGGUGAUAUAAAGGUUCAGGUUGAAGACGAUAACGUGCUUGUGAUAAGUGGUGAAAGGAAGAGGGAAGAAGAGAAAGAAGGUGCUAAGUAUUUGAUAAUGGAGAGAAGAGUUGGAAAAUUCAUGCGAAAGUUUGUUCUACCUGAAAAUGCUAAUACAGAUGCUGUUUCGGCAGUGUGUCAAGAUGGGGUUCUCAGUGUUACGGUUGAGAAAUUGCCUCCGCCUCAGCCUAAGAAGCCUAGGACUAUUGAGGUUAAGAUUGCUUGAAAUUGAAACCUUGUUUUGAAUUAUCAUGAUCUUUGGGGCAGAGGAGCACGGUGUGGUUUUUUAAGGUUGUUUUUUUUUUCUUAUAUUUUGUUGUUGGAAUUAUUACUGGAGUUAGUUUGGUUUUGAUGCACCAGGAGGAUGUUUAGAUUGUUGUACGGAAUCAGCUGUAACUUUGAUUUGUAAUGCAAUGAAGUGGUUCUGUUUUGGAUUCACUCUGUUCUCUCUGCAUUUUUUCCAGAAUGAGUUAUUGGUAACAAAAUUAGUUGUUCAGGUGGAAAAUAAAGUGUUCAUAUUAUAAAGACCUAUGAUUGGAUAGUGUAUCUGAAAAUUACCAUGGUGAUAAGCAGUUCCAUUGUAUGAAAGAAUCUAGAAUGUAUUGAGAGGCAGUGUAUAAAGGGAGUGACAUACUAGAGACUUCCUAUCUCUUUGUUACACAAAUAAAUUCUGAGUUCAAGAAUUAGUCAUAUAGCUUAACUAGAUUGCUUAAGAAACUUAUCUCUUUUUUGUCAA